AGUCCGAGAGCAAAUUCUAACUCCCAGCCACACCAUUGUUAUAUUCCUUUACAUCAGACAUACAUUCAAUCUGGGAAAUUCCGAAUAGAUUCAAACAUGUUCCGUCAGGCUAUAACCAGAAACAUCCGAGAUUUCUCAUCUCGCAUAAGAUACCCCACCGUCAACAGUGUGAGCAGAAUUGCCGUAUCAAAAUAUGAGCAGGCGACGCGCUCUCAGAAGCAUUCUUCAGCACUUGCUGCUGUUGAUGUGUACAAGAACAUCACCAGAGGCGUCGGACGCCAGGAGAGGAUCAAAGCAGAGUAUCCACCGCUCGACUUCAGCCUCACAGACUACAGGGGAUUCCCACUUCCAUCAGUUGAAAAUCGCAUGUCGUACGACACGGAUGCAUUCGUGAUCUGGAACAUGACGACAGACAUUGCUGAAAGGGCCCUUGAAGUGGUCUGGAAAGACGGACACCACUCCAAGUAUCACUUCAUCUGGCUCCGCGAUCACGAGUACUCGCACGGAACAGCUGCCUCCAUCACCAAUCAGAGGACAGUCGACACUGCGAAGAUUCCCCUUGACAUAGCGGCAGAGUCUAUUGAGGUCACUGACAAUGGGAGAAAAGUCAAGAUUACCUGGAACAGACAUGUUGAUGGGGUCAAGGUAUCUGAGUUCGAUACCAAAUGGCUAAGGCACAACUGUUACUCCCACCACAAUGAGAUUAAGCGGCAACUCCGCAACCGUCCCUGGUUGUGGGGGAAUGAUCUCAACAAGUACAUUUCUAACGUGUCCGUGCCUUUCGAGGAGGUGAUGCGAGAUGACAAGGCUGUCCUUGAGCUUCUCCGCAAGGUCAAGAAAUUCGGUCUGGCUAUUGUGUCAAACACACCCACCUGCAAAGAGACAUCUCAAAAGGUGGUCGAAAGGAUUGGUCCUGUCAGGAACACUAUCUACGGAGGCUUCUGGGAGACUCGUCUGCUUCCAGCGGACGACAAGAAGAAUAUCGACUCUGCUUUCUCCACAUGCGCCCUGCCAGCCCACACUGACGGCAACUACUGGCAAGAUCCUCCCGGUAUCCAGGUGUUCCACUGCCUCGAGCCAGACCUUCAUGGAGGAGAUACUCUGCUGGUCGAUGGGUUCAAGGUCGCUGAAGACUUGAAGGAAAUCGACAGCGACUCUUUCAACUUCCUGUGCGAGACUCCGGUCCCCUUCCAGCACACUGACAAGGAGAAUCACCUUGUGAGCUACCACACUGUCUUCGGGAAGGACGCGGAUGGAAAUGUAAUCCGGUUCAGCCUCAACACCCUGGAUCGCGAUGUGAUGCGGCUUCCCCCCUCUCAAGUGUUGAGAUUCUACAAAGCUUGGCAACAACUCUGCUCCAUCGUUGCCGACCCUUCCAACGAGGCAUGGCUCAAGCUCAUGCCCGGCCAGCUGAUCAUCAUCGACAACAAGCGCGUGAUGCAUGGAAGGAGCGAGAUUUCACCCAGGAGCGGGCGGGUGCUUGUGGGAUGCUAUCUGAGUCACGAGGACUUCGCAAGCAAGCUCGCCGUUCUAGAGAAGAAGUGCAGCAAAGGGACGUCUCAAGAAGAUCGCACUGCUUGAUCCAUACUAGCAUACAAGUGUGAGACUAAACACCGAAGACUAUUGAACAG